UGGAGUAAUGGAGGACUAUCUUUCCUGUCUAUGGUGAAUUCUUAACAAAUAAUCUUCUGCUUUUGAAGAUUUUGACAGAUCUAUCAGUAAUUACUUUGUCGGCUGGCUGUCUGCAGAACAGCGUGACACCAGGAUGGCGUCAGAUACUGUGACCCAACAGCUUACUGACUCCAGGAUCAUGACCUUUCACCCUACCAGGGAUGAGUUUAAGGACUUCAGCCGUUACAUUGCGUACAUGGAGUCACAGGGAGCUCACAAAGGUGGAAUGGCAAAGGUGAUUCCGCCCAAAGACUGGAAACCCAGACGUACCUACGAUGACAUCGAUGAUCUUGUGAUUCCUGCUCCCAUACAACAGGUGGUGACUGGCCAGUCGGGUCUUUUCACCCAGUAUAACAUCCAAAAGAAACCCAUGACCGUCCAAGAGUUCAGGAAGACGGCCAACACAGACAAGUUCUGUAACCCCCGAUAUGUGGAUUUUGAGGAACUGGAGAGAAAGUUUUGGAAAAACCUGACUUUUAACCCCCCUCUAUAUGGAGCUGAUGUCAAUGGGACACUUUAUGAUCCAGACGUGACUGAGUGGAACAUUGGUUGCCUGAACACUAUCCUGGACACAGUGGAGAAGGAGAGUGGGAUCAAGAUCAAAGGGGUGAACACUCCAUACCUGUAUUUUGGCAUGUGGAAGAGCACCUUUGCCUGGCACACUGAAGACAUGGAUCUCUACAGCAUCAACUAUCUUCACUUUGGAGAGCCCAAGUCCUGGUAUGUUGUACCCCCGGAGCAUGGGAAAAGGUUGGAGCGCCUCGCUAAAGGGUUUUUCCCUGGGAGUGCUCAGAGCUGUGAAGCUUUCCUUCGCCACAAGAUGACUCUAAUCUCACCCUCUAUUCUGAAGAAAUAUGGCAUACCGUUUGAGAAGAUCACACAGGAGGCUGGUGAGUUUGUAGUGACUUUCCCGUUUGGUUACCAUGCUGGUUUCAACCACGGCUUCAACUGUGCCGAGUCAACUAAUUUUGCCACACAACGAUGGAUCGAUUAUGGCAAAGUAGCUACACUGUGCUCGUGCCGUAAAGACAUGGUGAAGAUCUCUAUGGAUGUGUUUGUGAGGAAGUUCCAACCAGAUCGCUACAAAGCAUGGAAGGCAGGGAAGGACAACUCUCCUAUUGACCACUCCAAGCCCACGCCCGAGGCAAGUGAGUUCCUCAAGGGUGAUGAGACGAGGGAGCCUGGGAAGGAGGAUCCGAGCCCCAGCGAAGUCCCUGACCAGGAGGUCUUUACCACAGACACCUCCCUACAGGAGGAGAAUAGCAGUCCGAAGCCGAAACUCUGCAAAAAGCGCCAGCGAGGAGGUGUUCUGGAGGUAGCGGAGGAUAGAGACACUGAACGGGCUGAGGAGGAGGAGGAGGAGGCGGUGGUGGAGCAGAAGAAACCCAAGCUGAGCAAGGAGGACGAGGGGAGUGCGGCACACACCCUGGCACACAAAGAGCCAAAGCCAAAGAACAUAAAAAAUGAGCAAACAGACCCACUACUUAACGCAAAGACCAACCGAAACACAAAUGCCAGCCGAAAGCUAGCGCUUCAGAUGAAAGCCAAUAACUCUCUUAAAUGUAAUCCGGUCAAGUCUCGGCCACAGACUGACAAACCGUCAACCCAGCCAGCGGUGGAAGCCCCCUGCCCCCUGGCGGUGGAAGCCCCCUGCCCCCUGGCGGUGGAAACCUCCUCCCCCCUGGCGGUGGAAACCUCCUCCCCCCUGGCGGUGGAAACCCCCUCCCCCCUGGCGGUGGAAGCCCCCUCCCCCCUGGCGGUGGAAGCCCCCUCCCCCCUGGCGGUGGAAGCCCCCUCCCCCCUGGCGGUGGAAACCUCCUCCCCCCUGGCGGUGGAAACCCCCUCCCCCCUGGCGGUGGAAGCCCCCUCCCCCCUGGCGGUGGAAGCCCCCUCCCCCCUGGCGGUGGAAGCCUCCUCCCCCCUGGCGGUGGAAGCCUCCUCCCCCCUGGCGGUGGAAGCCUCCUCCCCCCUGGCGGUGGAAGCCUCCUCCCCCCUGGCGGUGGAAGCCCCCUCCCCCCUGGCGGUGGAAGCCCCCUCCCCCCUGGCGGUGGAAGCCCCCUCCCCCCUGGCGGUGGAAGCCCCCUCCCCCCUGGCGGUGGAAGCCCCCUCCCCCCUGCCGGUGGAAGCCCCCUCCCCCCUGGCGGUGGAAGCCACCUCCCCCCUGGCGGUGGAAGCCACCUCCCCCCUGGCGGUGGAUGCCACCUCCCCCCUGGCGGUGGAUGCCACCUCUAGCUCAAAGACAGCCGGCCCCAGUGAGGAAGUGAAGCCCCACACGCCGGCCCGUAGCACCAGCCCAGCCCAACGGCUCUUCCAGAGGACCCUGAGCCCGGCGGAUGUCCUGCACGUUCACAGCUAUGCCAAGGGUGACUACAGCGAGGGAGAAACAAAGGAGAGCCAGGAGGAGAGGAGGAGCGAGAGUAGUGACAGUGAAGGAGAGGAACAGGACGACAGCAGCAAGGGGGCAGAAGAGGGUGGAGAGGAUGAUGGCGUGCCCAGCAAACUGGGGAAGCUGCCUCACCACCACCCUCUGCUGAAGGACAGCCUGAGUGAUGAGGAGCUGCCGGAGCAGUCCCCGGUGGAGGAGGACGGCUUAGAGGGCGAGUCGUGGGCCAAGCCUCUGACCCAGCUGUGGCAGAACAGACCCCCUAACCUGAAGAGAGAGAAGGAGCACAACCUCCGCAUGGGCCUCCAGGCCCCCUACUGCUCAGUGUGCUUGCUGUUCCAGACGUACCAACGGACCGAGUGUGCUGAUGACAGUGUGAACCCUCCAGUAGUCUUGCCUGGAGGCAGGCUGAGGACGAAGCCUCUCAUACCCGAGAUGUGUUUCACCACCACCUCAGAGCCAGAGGAGGGCGCUGACAAGCAGCAGGCCGGAGCCCAGGCCCCCACCACCCCUCACCUGGAGCCAGAUGGCACCAGUCUACUCAUCAGCUGCUCCAACUGCAGCGUCCGUGUACACACCAGUUGUUAUGGAGUGGAUCCAGAGAGCGUGACUAAGGAUUGGACAUGUGCUCGCUGUAAAGCUAACGCCAUGAAUGAGAGUUGCUGCUUGUGUUCUCUAAGAGGUGGAGCCCUGCAGAAAGCCAACAACAACAAGUGGGUCCAUGUGCUGUGUGCAGUUGCGGUAUUAGAGGCUCGCUUUGUGAACAUCAAUGAGAGAAGCCCAGUGGAUCUGAGUGGGAUUCCACUACAGAGAUUUAAACUGAAAUGUUACUAUUGUAAGAAGCGAAUGAAGAAGACAUCCGGGUGUUGUGUUCAGUGUUCCCAUGGCCGCUGUCCCACGGCCUACCACCCGACAUGUGCCCAGGCUGCUGGGGUUCUCAUGCAGCCAGACGAAUGGCCUUUUGUGGUCUACGUUACCUGCUGCCGGCACAAAGGACCCAUCCAGACAGAGCGUAACAAGGCUGCCAUGCAUGAACUCAUCGUGGGACAGAGGGUGAUCUGUAAGCACAAAAAUGGCCGCUACUACCAGUGUGACGUGGUGCAGCUCUCUAAGGAAACAUUCUACGAGGUCAACUUUGACGACGGUUCCUUCAGCGAUAACCUCUUUCCCCAAGACAUUGUGGGCCGGGACUGUGUCCAGUUAGGCCCUCCACCGCAUGGUGACGUGGUCCAGGUCAGGUGGACGGAUGGACUAGUCUACGGGGCAAAGUUUGUGGCUGCACACGACAUCCAGAUGUACCAGGUGGAGUUUGAAGAUGGUUCACAACUAACCGCUAAGAGAGAUGAUGUCUAUACGCUGGAUGAGGAAUUGCCCAAGAGAGUCAAGUCAAGACUGUCCAAGGCAUCAGACAUGCGUUUUGAUGGGAUCUUUGAGGACAAGGAGGCCAUUCAGCAGUCAAAGAGACAAAGAGUGAUAAACUCACGGUACAGAGGUGACUACAUUGAACCUGUGAUCUACAGAGCCAUCAUGGAGUAGUCUCACAACUACAGCAUGAUGAAGAUGCGUCCUCUUUCAACAAUUCACCAGCACUGAUAGUUCUUAUCCCAUCUGCUCAGUUCAUCUAAAUGUAUUGAGUGAGCGAGGGCCUCUGCCUGAAGUACUUCCCCUGAUGAUAACCUUCCAGUCCCUUCUUUAGACUGUUUUGCUCCCCUUACUGUUGUCUCUUAAUCAUUCAUACUUAUGCUACAGUUUCCCAGAUACAUACAAAAUUUGUUCUGAACUAUGAAGAACUUUCUGUUGAGAUGGUUUUUAAUUCCAGGAACUUUGUUUCUGUAAAAUCAGACACCUUUUAAGUUGUGACUGUGAUCAAGAACUUGAGAGCAGGGCCACCUUUUCUCCAUUUUGCGUAGGUUAUAGAAGCUGGGAAGAGAACUGCCAUCCAUGUCAGCUUUUAUGCCGCUCGUCUAGUGCCCAGUAGCUGUAACUAUCUCUUUAAUAUAAGCGUGUCGGACCAUGAAUUUUGCUCCUAAACAAAAUGUAGCUUUUUAAAUAAUAUCCACUCAACAUAAUUCAGUGGCAGGAAUGAAUUCCUAAAUUGAGUGAAGCAGACACAGAAGUCACUGCCAUUACUCCUUAUAAACACACAUUUGUGUUUUCUAAAAAUCACUGAAUGUUGUCAGUUGUUUAUUUUUCAUAUGUAUUUAUUUUCCUAUGUCAUUUUCAGGGUGCUACUUACGCACCUGUGUUUUACUUUCAAGGAGGUGCAAUGCCAUUAUCCUCAUGAAGCCUCCUUCUCUAAGCAGAUUCACACUGUUGACUGCAUUCCUAAACAUUGUAUUUUGUAGGAACGCAUUGAAUAUAGCAUUUUCCAUUUUUAGAUUUUUUUUUUUACCAGUGUAUUUAUUAUAUGGUGCUUUGAGAAAGCAACCUCUGUAAUACAGACAGUUUGUCAUUUGCAAUGCGUCAGAGGUUCUGGACCGAGGAUUAUGUAUGUUCUAUUUUUGCUAUAGAGAGAAAUUGAAAAUGGCCUGUUCAGGAUUACUACAGGUGCUCCCUUUAUAUCCAAGUUUGUUCUUUACUCUUUUAAUGAAAGUUGAGCGCUGCACUUUUAUUUAAGUCCAGUUUGAGAGGACAUUUUAAUAGUUGUGUGCUGACGUUUGCUAUUUUUGUCACACAAAAAAAAAACGUUUGAAAAUGUAUUGUACAUUUAUAAGAACUGAUUGAUUGUCACAACACCCAUCUCCACUCAGCCAAGAUCAUCAACCAUGAUGCGCUUAUUCAUUUAGGAUAAGGUGGCCUUCAGAUUGUCUCCAUUGUUUGCCUGUAUUCUGCUGUUGUCUUGAGUGUAAGGUUGUAAUGUCUGGUAGCUUUCACUGAAUUUUAAGAAAUCCUGGUGGGAAUAUUCUUAAAAUCAGAAAGAAGUACACCUAAAAUCUGGGAAUCCUUCAACUGAUUUCUCAAAAUGUUGGGAAAAUUACUGAAAUUGACCAACCGACAUGAGUUUGAGAGUUACAGAACUGAUAGACCUCCUGUGUGGUUUUCAGUCAGUUAUAUUCACUCACAGCAGUAACAUGUGCAAAGAUUAUAUCAUCUUCAUUCAACAGUAUGGAAAAGACUUGUGAAAAGUUUUCUAUAAAUAAAAGCCUGUUUUAUUGCUUUGUUUUAGAAUGAUACAUGUUCUAUGUUCACAGUCAGGAAAAUACUGUGAGAUGUAAUUAUUAUACUAAGUUGUGUAUUUAAAUAUGUAAACUUGGAUUUCUGUCUGAAAUGGCACCCUAUUCCCUACUGGAUCUAUUGUACUUUUAACCAGAGGCAAAAUAAGUGCACUAUACAAGAAAUAGGUUGCCAUUUUCAGACUGAUCCCAGGUCUGUUCAUAUGUGACCUUUUGACUUAGUUUUUCUGUAUUUCUGAUAAAUGAACGCUGGGCUUCUUCCAGAUUCAUUCAUACCUUUUGUAAAGAUCAUUUUGUUUGUUUCAGUAAAUCUUUUUUGGCUUGUCA